AUGAGUCAUAUCAUUCAAUCCCAAAAGACGGCCCUGAUCACGGGCGCUGCGUCUGGCGUUGGUUAUGCUAUUGCUAAGCUCUGCCGGAGCAAAGGGAUGCACUUGGCUCUCCUCGACAUCGAUCAAGAUAAUCUGAUGAAAACAAAAGACGUUCUGGCCGAGAUAGAUCCCAGUCUUCAAACUGAAGCCUUUGUGUUAGAUGUCGCUGAUCGCGUCGCCUGGAAACAGAUCGCGGGGCAAAUUGCGGCAACAUUUGCGAAUAUUGAUCUGGUCGUGUUGAACGCCGGCAAAGGGUAUAAGCCGCAAACAACAGAUCAAGGUCGCAUGAACGCGUGGUUAGAUCAGGAAUAUUGGACCAAGACGUUUGAUACGAACGUAUUUGGUCCAUUGAAUGGACUGAAUGCUAUUCUGCCAUUGCUGCUCUCCUCAACCUCUCGAUCAGCCAAGUCGAUUGUGGUGACGGGCUCCAAACAAGGCAUCACCAAUCCCCCCGGGACCAAUCCCGCUUACAAUGCCUCCAAAGCCGCGAUCAAGAGCCUGACAGAGCAUCUGGCGCACGACCUCCGCUCCGACCCAAACACCGCACAUAUUACCGCCCACCUGCUCAUUCCCGGCUGGACAUGGACCGGUAUGAUGGGCAAUGUGGGCCCAACCGCCGAGUCUGACCUGAAGAAGCCCGCCGGAGCCUGGUAUCCAAGCCAAGUAGCCGAGGAGAUGUAUACGGGCCUGGAAAAGGGGUCCUUCUACAUUGUAUGCCCAGAUGGAGAGACUGACCGGGCGUUGGAUCAAGCUCGGAUGAAAUGGGGAAGUGCUGAUGUUUACGAAGAGCGACCUGCGUUGUCUCGCUGGGCGGAGAGCUGGAAAGACCGUGCCGACCAUGCGAUCCAGGCCGAUGCAAAGGCUCGCAGAGCUUGA